AUGCCAGACUGUACAAUUGAAAUGAUCAUAGACUCAGAUACUGAGCUAGAUCACCAACAUCCCCGUACUCAAGUACUGUCCAAGGUGGUUGUUCUGCUGUGCAGAUCCCUAAGACUUGACAGAUAUUUGGAUCGCACAAGCCCGCCAAGAAGCGAACCUAAAACAGCAAUAUUAUUAAAUUUCAAUACAUUCUUCAAGAUCCCGUAUCCAUACUACUAUAGCCAAGAACCAAAAUGGAAUCACCCCGAACGGAUUCCUGAGCAGCGUGGGCGAUCCUUGCAGCUUAUGCCUCUUGUUAACGAUGAGAAUAACCACGAACACGAUCAAGAGCAGCAGCACGAUCGCGGUGAGCACGCCGAUAAUCACCUCGACUUUAAAAAAAGACUGCUGCGUUGUGUGUUUGGAUCAGGUCCUGGUAUUCCUGAUAAGGAAACUCAAUUUAACGAUGGCUUCAACAGACGAAGACCACACCCAGUCGCUGGUAGCAGAAUUGGUAAAGGCAAGCAGUCCCAAAGGUCGGCAAAACCGGUAGAUUUGCACUAUUUUAGACCCGAAAUAAACGAAUCCAGUAAAUGGGUUACUCAAAUUGAAGUCAUUAAGCGUGAAGUUGGAUGGUCUGACGUUCAUACUCUGGCAAGGAUUGGCCGAUUUUUAUUGAGAGGUGCAAAGAGAUGGUUCGAACGCUGGAACCCAUACAACAGGGAUUGGGCAACUUUUCGAGUUGACUUUGCUGAGGCGUUUCCUCCUAAAAGAAAUUUGGGUCAUGAAAGUCUCGCCACCGUAACAGAUCAUCAAGAAUCACGCGUUGUGCGAUGUCAGCUGACAGGCAUAAAUCGCGUUUCAGAAGAUUUUGGUGCUUUAGUCACAGAAGUUGAAGUACCUGAAGAACAUCGCGAGGGUCUUGAAGUUAUACUGCAAGAUUUUAGUGACAUGAUUACAGCAGGCAAUCAAGGGUUCAUACUACCAGUGGACAUACCGAAGGAGCCAUUUCAUACGUUGCACAUGGACUGUUUGGGUCCUUUACCAGCUUCAACUGAUGGUUAUAAGCACGUUUUGGUAGUGGUGGAUAGCAAGUACUGCAUUUUGACGCCUAUGAAGUCUGUGACAACUGCAGAGGCGCGUGAAAAGCUGCAGAAUGUUCUAGCGCUGUGUUUGGAACUCCCAAACGAAUAA